GUUUCAUAUUUCUGAAGUAUGGUAGAAGUUCUGUUUGGAAAUCAAUCCAUAUUGUGUCUCCAUAUUUUGUUUCACAUCUGGAAAGGAUCCUUCUUUUGCUCUGAAACACGUCUCCAAACCCUGUGCAUUUUGGAAGUUUGCAAACCCCGUCUUCUUAUUGCAAUUCUUAAUAGUGCAUUAGUUGUUAAGAUUUAAUGAAGUUUAGGAGUUAAAAUGAAUUGGAGGAGUGGGCAUCCGUUGUUGUUGUGGCUCCUGAGCUUUGGCUGUAGUGCAAAGAGUGAGGAAAAUGAUUUUCCUGACUCAGUGGAGAAUCAAACAGGAGGGACAACUGCACAUGAAGUGCACAUGCCUUAUUGCCCUCCUGACUGCAGCUGUAACCUGGAUGGAACUGUAGACUGUGGUGGAGUGGAUCUAAAGGAAUUUCCCAGGAAUUUAUCAGAGUCAAUAUUGCACCUAUCUUUGCAGAACAAUGCUUUAGAGGUGAUCCCUAUGGAGGAGUUAUCAAGGCUUCAGAAUCUGGAGACUUUUAAUUUACAGAAUAACCGGCUUACAUCAAAAGGGCUUCCAGACGAUGCAUUUUGUUCUCUUGAGAACUUGCUGUAUUUAUAUCUGGCGAACAAUAAGCUUACAGUUGCUCCAAAAUACCUGCCGAAAACCUUGGUGAGUGCUGAUGUUGCAGCAAAUUACCUUACAAAGAUCUAUCCCCUCACUUUUGGGCAGAAGCCAAAUCUAAGGUCUAUUUAUCUUCAUAACAACAAGCUUACAGACGCAGGACUUCCUGAUCACAUGUUUAACGGAUCAGAUGGUGUUGGAAUAUUAAUCAUGUCAAGUAAUUUCUUGAAGUACGUUCCCAAGAAUUUGCCAAAGGAAUUAUUCAGAUUACAUUUAAAAGACAACAAACUUGAAAAGAUUCCAAAAGGAGCUUUUGAUCACCUUUCCAAUCUGCGAGAACUAUAUCUCCACAACAAUUACAUAACCAAUGAUGGAAUUGAUAAUGAAACAUUCUGGAAACUGUCAAGCUUGGAAUACCUGGACUUGUCAAGUAACAAUCUGACACAAAUACCCAGAGGGUUACCUCGGAAUAUUGUCCUCUUACAUUUGGAAAAAAAUGCUAUUAAAUCAAUACCUGGUAGCUGGCUGACGCAGAUAAAAAACCUUGAAUACCUCUUGCUUCAUAACAACAAGAUAAAGGCAAAAGCAAUUCAUCCACUUGCAUUCAAGGGGCUUAAAAAACUUCAUACCUUUCAUCUCUACAAUAAUAUGCUGGAAAGAAUUCCAAGUGGCUUACCACGCCGGGUGAAGACAUUAAUGCUUCUCCAUAAUCAGAUCACAGAAAUUUCCAGAAAUGAUUUCGCUUACUCAUACUUUUUGGUAGAGCUCAAUCUGAGUUACAAUAAACUAACAAGUCCUAAAAUCCACCCAGAGGCAUUCCGGAAAAUGAGGCUGCUUGAAUCUUUGGAUUUCUCUGGAAAUAAUCUAAAUGUAGUGCCCAGUGGUCUACCAAAGAAUUUGCAUGUAUUGAGGUUGAAGGAAAAUGAAAUAAAUUCAAUUCCCGAUGGCUCACUUUCAGGAAUGACAAAGCUAAAGGAACUCUUCUUGAGUAAUAACAAACUCAAACUGAACUCAAUAUAUCCAGGGGCAUGGAAACAAUUGACUAAUCUACAGCUUUUGGAUCUGUCAGGCAAUCAGCUUUCCUAUGUCCCUACUGAUCUGCCAGAGUCUCUUGAAUAUAUUUACCUCCAGAACAACCAGAUUUCUGUCAUCUCAGAGAAUGCUUUUGAAUCCACACCAAACAUCAAAGGAAUUUUUCUCAGAGACAACAGACUUACAACUAGUAGAGUAAAAGAAAUUGCAUUUGAGAAGCUGAAGUUCUUGCAAGUGUUGGAUAUGGGGGCCUACUCUGAGUCUGCUACUGAAUCCAAAAAGGACGGUGGCACAUCAGGAGACAAUUUGGAUAAUGACAGUGAACAGGCUACUCAGAAUGAUAAAUAAUUUUCUGUGAAAAAAUAACCAAGAUAUUCAGUGCAGUGUCUUCCAUACACUGUUGGCUGGUAUUAAUCUGUUGAAGUCGUCUAAAAUAUCUAUUUCUGCUACUCUAGGUUGUCCCUACUCACCUAACCUCUAAGCUCUAC